GGAGGGGGAGGGGGAUGAACUCGCACAGACUCUGCGGUGAAGUUGUUCCUCGAUGCGGCUGUAAACAUUCGUCUCUCACCGCAAACAACAAACAAGGCCUGAGUAACAUGUCGUGUUAAGUGAGAGGUUGGAUUACUAUGCAGAGCAGCGCCUACAUGACGUGUUUCUCCAAGUUUUCAAGAGUUUUCGUGGAUUUUGAGUCGCCUACAGGAUAGAGAGGAAAGCUUCAGCGGAAGGAUAAAGAGCAACAAGAUGGGAAAUAUGAUACUAAUGACGCUCCUGCUGGUUCACCUGCCAACAGAGCUGCUGUCCAUCCAGGUCAUUGUUCCAGAGACAGAGAGGAGGACAACUCUGUUCGCCUCUGUGAUUCUGCGCUGCGAUUAUUCAACCUCAGCAAACCCUCAGGAUGUCCUGGUCACCUGGAGAUACAAGUCCUUCUGUAAAGACCCAGUGCUGGAGUACUACUCCACAGCCUUUCAGGCUGCUCUGCAGCUGGGUCAGGAUCCCUCCAACGACUGCCCGGAUCGCCAGCGCACAGUCCGCACAGUGAUCCAGAAGAGAGGCAUUAAUGAGCCCACGCUGGGAGUAGACUACAGAGAACGCAAAAUUACCAUUCAAAACAAGGCCGACCUGGUCAUCACUGAGGUGAUGUGGUGGGAUAACGGUGUGUAUUUCUGCACCAUCGACGCUGCUGGUGACACAACGGGGGACUCAGAUCGUGAGGUCAAACUCAUCGUGUAUCACUGGCUGACAGUCCUGCUGAUCAUCAUCGGUGCGCUCCUGCUCAUCAUGCUGUUUUGCAUAUGUUGCUGUCAGUGCUGCCCGCAGAAGUGCUGCUGCUACGUCCGCUGCCCGUGUUGUCCACAGACGUGCUGCUGCCCAGAAAAAGCUGUGAUGCAGCACAGGAUGAUGCGAGAGGCUCAGAAGGCCAUGGCUCCUUGGAUGAAUGGCCAACCCAUUUAUGCUCCCAUCAGCUCCAAUGCGUCCUCCCAAGGCGUUCCCAUACUGUAUUCAGGCUCCUACUCAGAUUAUCCCACCAAACAAAACUUUGCCAUGGCUCCCAUGCAGCUGUCUCCCAUGGCCCUGCAGCAUCAGCCUCCACCUCCUCCUCCUCCACACCAUUUCAACGGCAGUGUGAAUGGCAGCGCUCAAGGUACCAACCAGGUGUUGGAUUACCUGGAGAACCAGGUCAGGGGGCUGGAUGGAGGGCAACCUCAAAUGGCGCCGCACACAUUCCAGAAUAUGCUUCCACUACAGCCCCAUCCUCAGCUUCAGCCCCAGCCGGCUCCUCAAGCAGUUCCCUACACACCGGGGCCCCCAAGUAUGUUGUCAGCCCUGGAUGAGAUGGGGGUGAGAGGGACAGAGAGAAGAGUGAUCACUCUGCCUCCUAUAAUCCAACGUGUACCCAGCUUUACCUCUCGGAGGGGGCCCAGAGGCGGAGCUGGAGCCCAGGGUGGUCCCAGAUUUUCUAGUCAGUCCAGUGGGAGCACAAAUCGCUCUGGAGGAGCUGUCCCCCGUGACAAUCGAAGGUAUAGGGACAGAGAUGUCUCUCCUCCCAGGAGGGGGAUCUUGCGUGAUUAUAGCGAUGAGUCAGACUGGGAGAACAGGCAAGGGAGAACACCAUACAGGGGUUCAAGAAAUGAGAGGGGAGGCUCGGCUGGUAGGAGAAGAGGUGGGUCCAGGCCACGAGCCCGAAGUCGUGAUGAUCUGAUGGAGGAGCUGCACAGCAGGGCAGCUCGGAGGGAGAGGAGCUACUCCCCUCCACAGCGCCGCAAAGGGUCGUGGAGCUCUGAUGAAGAGGACCGCAGGAGACCAAAGGGAGGAAAAGCGAAGGACUGGCCAGAGAAGCCCCCCAGCUACUCCUCCAUUGAGAUCGGGCCUGGACAGAGCAACAGCCGGAGGAACUAUGACCGUCUUUCUGAUAGAAGCUCCCGUAGCGGCACCAGCGUAGUCAUCUAAAGCAUUUCCAUCUUUUUUUGACCUUUUCCUGAAUGUUUCCAGAACGGUGAAAAUGAAGACAAGCAGAAGGUACCUUUAUCUGUUCAAUCAGCAUGCAAAGACCUGGUUUUUGUUUUGUUGUCGUGAGUCGUGAAGAUGUAUUGUACGGAUUAACUUUUACUCUGAAUGCACUAUACGUAAUUGCAACAAAAAAUAUCAUUUUUACAUUACGUGAACAAAACGGUUCAGUUGAGGCUAUAAAUUGCCAAUAACAUGCAGCUAUAUUAAUCCUGGUCUCUUGUUGUUGAGAUGAUUAAUGUGUGUGAUUCUUGUCCUAGUUAUAUUAAAUGUAAUUUGUGUAUGUUUUCCUUCUGGUGAUGGAUAACAAUAUCCCUCUUUUGGUUUGUGAAGUAAACAUUUAUCAUUUCAACAAGCAGAUUGUUGGAUACUGUAAGACUUUUUUGUUUAUUUAGGUUUGUUGUUAUGAACAUGUGAGUUAUUGCAGGCAGAUACGGUUUGUGUUUGUUUUUUUAUAUAUAUAAUUUCUUAUUUUUGCAUGAUUUCUAGUACUAUUUAAAGUGUUUUUUUUUUUUUAUCUAUAUCCAUAGUGAUAUUAUUAGACCGUAACAGCAAUGGAAAGUAGGCUAUGUGGUCAUUUGUAGGACAGAGUUAGUUGACACUAUGGAAGCUCUUGCUAUACAUGUUGGAUGAAAACUAAAAUAUAUUUCAAAAUCUAGAAAAUACACUGAUUUUCCUUAAUUUUUGCUUCUUUUUUUUUUUUACAAAGAUGAAUAGAGAUGCACCACCAUAAAAUGUAUGUUUUUAAUAAACCUUUUUUAGAUACA